GUUUAUGUUCUGGGCAAAUGUUUUUGAUACCAGGACUUAUUAUCACAAUGUAUAUUACGCAUAUUCCUAUCCCAGAAGCUUGGAGAAUCGAAAUUAUUCGAUAUUUAGUUAAUAGAGCAAAUCCUGUUGACGGUGGAUGGGGGUUGCAUAUUGAACAUCAUUCAACGGUAUUUGGAACCGCUUUGAAUUAUGUUGUGCUUCGUAUCUUAGGUCUUGAUCCCGGUCAUCCGGUAAUGAUAAAAAGUAGAGCAACUUUGCACAAACUUGGAGGUGCAAUUGGUGCGCCUACAUGGGGAAAAUUUUGGCUAGCAUGUUUAAAUGUAUAUAACUGGAAAGGACUUAAUCCAAUUCCACCAGAACUAUGGCUCCUUCCGUACUCUGUACCGUUUCAUCCAGGUCGUCUUUGGAUGCAUACUCGUGCAGUAUAUCUCCCAAUGGGAUACUGUUAUGGACGUAGAAUAAGUGCUGAAGUUACUCCAUUAAUCGAACAACUUAGGCAGGAAUUAUAUGUUCAACCAUUUGAGACAAUUAAUUGGAUUAGAGCUCGAAAUAAUAUUGCAGAAGUUGAUCUUUAUGUUCCGCAUAGCAAACUAUUAAAAUUUAGCAAUUUUAUGUUCAAAAUUUAUGAAAAACUUCCUAAUUUUGGGCUCCGAAAUAUUGCUAUUAAAAAGAGUUAUAAAUUAAUUAAAUAUGAAGAUGAAAAUACGGAUUAUAUUGAUCUUGCUGCUGUUAACAAAGUAAUGCAUGUUCUUUGCAUAUACUACGAGGAAGGACCAGAUUCUGAAGCAUUCAGGCUUGCCAAAGAAAGAUUAAUUGAUUAUUUGUGGCAUGAAAACCUUAGUCAAGAAGGAAUGUUGAUGACUGGUACGGAUGGUACUCAAGUUUGGGAUACUGCGUUUACAGUCAUUGCUGUAUCUGAAGCAGGAUUGGCAGACGAUCCUUCAAAUCACCAAUCAAUGAUACACGCACUAGAAUUUUUAGAUGAUUCACAAAUAAAAAAAAAUCCUAAUAAUCCUAAAAAAUGUUAUCGUGAUGACGCAUUAGGUGGUUGGGGUUAUAGCACUCGUCAACAGGGAUAUUAUGUUGCAGAUUGUACUAGUUUAGGUAUCAAAGCUGUACUUAAUCUUCAAAAAGAACUUAGUUACACACAAGAUUUAGUAUCUAAAGAACGACUUUGUCAAGCCGUUGAUAUAUUAUUGUCUAAGCAAAAUACUGAUGGGGGAUUUGCGACCUACGAUCGCACUAGAGGCCCAAAAUUUCUUGAAAGGUUAAAUCCUGCGGAAAUUUUUGGAAAUAUUAUGAUUGAAUAUAGUUAUCCAGAAAUAACAUCUUGUGCCAUAACAGCUCUAAAUUAUUUCCAUAAAUGGCAAGCUUCCAAAAAAGCAAUUACAUUCUUACAUAAUUCUCAAGAUAAAAAUGGCGGCUGGUAUGGUACUUGGGGUAUUUGUUACACAUUUACUGCUAUGUUUGCUAUUCAAUGUCUUGAAAGUUUUGGUGAAACAUACGAAAAUAGUGAGAUAGUUAGAAAAGGAUGCGACUUUUUAAUUUCUAAACAGAAGGAUGAUGGUGGUUGGGUGCUUGCUUUAAUGGCAGGCAAUUAUCCAAAUGAGGAACCAAUUCGACGUGGCAUUCAGCUUAUCGCAUCACGACAAUUGCCAACAGGUGAAUGGAAGCAAGAGGCUGUAGAAGGGUCAUUUAUGAAUUGUGCAGUUCUUUAUCCGAAUUAUAAAUUUAUUUUUACUAUUUGGGCAUUAGGAAAAUAUACCAAAAUGUACAAUAAUCCU